UGCCUUAUAUUCAUUAACAAUGGAUGUGGAUGGAAUACUCCGUUCUCUUGGGAAAUAUGGCCGCUAUCAGAACUUACAAUUUGCCUAUAAUGUGUUCUGUCUGCCAAUGGUUACAUAUCCCGUGGUAAUAUAUGUCUUUAUAGGACACAUUCCGGAUUUCAUCUGUAAGGUUUCAACCGAUCAUCUAACAAAGCAUUACAAUCAACCUGACAGAUGGGAGAACGCCACGCUGUCUCCUCGUCAAUGUGACGUCAUCAGAGAGAUAAACAGGUCUGGGCUUAUAAUACAGGAGAGCAUACCUUGUAGUGAUGGUUACGAAUAUUUCGGACCGGAGACCGUGGCAUCAGAGUGGAAUCUGGUUUGCGGUUCAGAAGGACUCGGUAGUUUAAGUACCACAAUGGCAGUGGUAGGAGGGAUGCUUGGCGCUACUCUUUUUCCCGCGCUUGCAGACAAAUAUGGCCGUAUACUGAUAAUUUACACCACGUUCAUCUCCUUGUCCGGGUGCUUCAUAUUGGCGUCGUUUGUCCCAUGGUUCACUGCCUUUGUCAUCUUGAGAUUCCUGACCGGAGUGUUUAGUCAAGGGUCUGGACUAGUGCUAGGUACACUUCUGUUGGAGUUAUUUCCGGCAGAAUCAAGGGGAUUUGUGAUCUCUCUGGGAAGUAUAACAUGGGGACUUUGUAUUUCCUCUAUGGCACUGAUUGCUUUCCUUCUUAGACACGUGUCUUGGCGGUACACCAUGUUAGCUGCAGGUCUCGUUGGUGUCCAUAGUCUCGGAACACGAUGGAUACUGCAUGAAUCUCUGCGAUGGCUUGUUGCUAAUGGUAGAUUUGAAGAAGCUAAAGAGUGGAUUAAACGCGCUGCAAAAUGGAACAAGAAAGACGCUACGGAGAUAUUGGCGGCCACAGCAUUAGUGAAUGUGGAGAUACAGGUUUUAGUGGAGAAGGCUACUGACGUUAACGGAGUGGAGAAGGGUAAUGACGUUAACGGAGUGGAGAAGGAUAAUGUCGUUAACGGACUCCAAUCUGAUGACAAGAAACCGGGAACGAUCAACAAGGACUCACGGGGUUUGGAGAAGUUAUCGAUCCUGGAUAUCUUCAGAAACAGACACAUUUUACUGACCUCCAUCUUAGUGUGGAUUAUAUGGUUUGUGAAUAGCAUCACUUACUACGGACUUUUCCUGACUUCCGGUUCAAUGAGUGGAAAUAUGUACUUGAAUUUCUUUUUCAACGGCAUCGUAGAGAUCCCAAGCGUAUUCCUCUAUAUGUUUACAAUCAACAGGUAUGGAAGAAAGAAAACUUGCAUAAUGUUCCAUGCCAUUGCUGGAGUUAGCCUGUCUAUAUCUGCUAUCUUGAUUUUUGCAGGAGAUACACCAGUGUUAAACGGAUUCGCAGUAGCCAUGAGUUUUGCCGGAAAGUUUGGGAUAUCUGGAUCGUUUACGACAAUUUUCUUAUAUACACCAGAAAUAUAUCCCACAAACUUAAGGGCCCUUGGCUUAGGUUUGGCAGCCACCGUGGCAAAGUUUGGAGGAAUGGUCUCCCCUUACGCAGCUUUACUGGGAUCCCACAUCUCAUGGGGGCCGGGUGUCGUGUUUGGAUCGUUGUCUGUGUUAGUGACAAUUCUGUUUAUAUGGUUACCGGAAACAACCGGGAAAGAGCUACCAGACACGCUAGGCGAUGUCGACAAUUUCUAUGUCAUAAAGAAGAAUAAAAAAUAAAACAGUUAUCAACACAA